CCGUGCUGCGCCAUGCUGUGCCGUGGGGCGCGCCGGGCGGUGGGGGGCUGCCAAGAAAGCCCCACCGCCCUCGGGGCAGGGGGCUCGCCGCCCCGGCGCUGCCGGGUGGAGACGGUGGCGGGGGUAGCAAUGGCGCUUCUCGUCCUCCUGCCGCAAGCGGCGGCGCAGGCCGGGCAGCCGGCGGUGCACGGCGCCGUUGCCGGCGAGGCGUACCUGAGCGCCGGGCGGCAGAACCGCCCCGCCUACCAAGUGCACUGGCGCUACGGGAACACCCAGAAAAUCGCCAUCCGGAAGGGCAGCGAGACCCCCAGCUACCCCGACCCCCUCUUCCACCGGCGCCUGGAGCUCUUCCCCAACAACACGCUGCGCGUCCGCUGCCUGCGGAAAAGCGACAGCGGCACGUACUGGCUCUACCUGGAGGACGGGGCCGGCAGGGAGCACACGGAGAGCGUCCGCCUGACGGUGCACGAGCCGGUGCCGAAGCCCACGGUGCGAGCUGAGAUGGAGGGGGACGCCGAGCACUGCGAGGUCAACUUGACCUGCUCCGUGGCCCUCGAGGACGUGACGUACGAGUGGAUCCUGCCCCGGCAGCGGCUGGCGGAGAGCCCCGGCGCCCAGCUCCACCUCUCCUUCAGCCCCGUGGUGGAGACGUACACGUGCCGAGCCAGCAACCCCGUCUCCUCCAGCAACGCCUCGCUGACCUACCGGCACCCCUGCUCCUGGGAAGCUGAGCCCUCCGUGGCCCAGAAGACUGAGGUGCCUUCGGCUCUGGCCUUCCUCCUCCUCCUCCUCCUGGUUUAACGAUGCACCCUGCCGCCAGCUCGCUGCUUCCCGUCCCCGGAUGAGGCCUCCGAGCCUGCAGAGAGCUGUGGUUUCCCGGCGCUGCGGAUGCCGCCUGGGGCCGUCGGAGGUAACCGAGGUCCUGCCGGGGCCUGGGGCUCCCGUUUCUGCAGCCUUUGCGGGGAAAAGGCAUCCGCAGGAGUCGUGCUGAAGAGCAUCUCAUCCACGGGCAGCUGCUCCCCGCGGGCCUGGGCGAGCGCUGCCCGCUCCCAGCCCCGCCGGCCGCUCUCGGCAAAGGUUUCCUCUUUCUUCCUUGCCUCGGUUUCCCCUCCCGGCCCCGUGAGGCUGUGUUGUAAUCGGAGAUCGGCUUCCGCGGGUCAGAGGAAAAGAAAAAACCAAACGUGCAGCAUUUCUCUCAUUUCUCACCACGGUGCUUUGAAAGCUCCAGCAAGGCGGAGCACCGCGUGCGGCGCCCAGCUCCGCGGCGAAGGAUGCUCCGAAACGCCUCGCGCCCCGAGAAGCUGGAAAGACGCCGUGCCGGGGUCCCCGAGAGCGCCGGGGGCACGAGGCACUGCGUGGCGCCCGGGCCCGGAGCUCCGGAGCAUCUCUGGGGUGGGGGGCAGAGCUGAGGCUUGGCAGCGCGGGAGGGCGAGUCCGAUUCCUGCCUUUGGCAAUGUGCAUCUCUGCGCAUUAAUUUUUUUUCCCCUUGUCACCUUAAAUGCCGUGUUUUGAGGUGUCUGUUGCAAACCCUUCCGACUCUGCACAGCAGCCGGCUGCUCGGGGGGCAGCGGGGGGCGAUGCGGGAGCUCAGACCCAGCCGGGGGGAGCCGCGCAUCCCGCGCUGCGGCCGCUCCCACGGCCGUUCCCGGCUCCCGGAGCGCAGCCUGGCGCCACGGGCCUGUUUCAUCCCCUCCAUCGGGGCAGGAGGAUGUGUCUCACGGGCGAUGGAGAUGGUCCCCAGCUCUGCGAGGACGGACGGGGAUGCGGGGCGACCGGCUGCCGCGGGACGCGGCGGUCCACUGCCCCAGUCCCUUGGGCUUCGGCACGGCACCCGCUAACCACGGGAAAACCGGCCCGCGAAAGGAGAGACUCGGGCUCUCGCCUCUAAAUCCAAGAGGCGUCGCUUCCCGGAGCCACCAUUAGGCAAAGACUCCCAAGGCCAGAUUCACCGAAGGGUCAGCAGGGACCUCGCUGGCUCCUCUGAACAUCCCUAAUGAGCGCGAGUCAUCCCAGCUCCUGGUUUUAGUGAGCGGCUCGGGGUAAUUCCUGGCAUGCCACAGCUCACGCGUGGCUCUGGCACCCUGCUGGGCGGGUGUUGGUUUUUGCACUGAUGUAUGGUUUUUGCAGAAAUUCCCCCAGAAAUAUCUGCAUUGCUCCGGGUCCUUUCCCAGGUGGGCAAAGCCCCGGGGAACCCUCCCGCGAGGAAGAGCCAGGCUCCCCACGGGGCGAAGGCUCCCCGGGCCCCCCGUUACCUUCCUCAGCCUGGAGACUUCGGUCUGAGCCGGCUUGGGGUCUAAUGGGGCAAAUGAUGACGUUUGAGAUCAUCAUUUUUAGGAAAAAGGUGUUUUUCCGUGAGUGCCCAUCACAGUAUUUUUCCCUCCCCUUCAGGCUCCCAGAUGCUUCCAGGAAGGUUUUUCUUGCUGCUUUUACUUGUCGAAUACUUUGCCUCCAGGCAGCCGGCAAGGCGAGAUCCCGGCGUCCCCACGGGCGCGUAGACCUUUCCGGGAGCGGGGCACGCGUGCCUGCGCGGUGCCCGGCCUUUGGGACCGGAUUUUCCGCCCGGGGCGGCUCGCCGCUUUGCAGGAUGCCCCGCGGCGGGCGUUUCGGGCGGGCUGUGCCCGCAGCCCCUCGCUGCCCGCCUGAGCGCCCGCCCCGAGCGUCCCGGGCCGGCGCCAACCUCGGGCCCCUUUCGGCCGGACCGAAGCUGCCGCGUGACGGGGAGGCAGCAGCAUCCCGCUCAUCUGCAUCUUACUCAUCCUGGCUUGCUUAGGCCUCUUACCAGCUCUUUCCCCUCGGUGCACAGAGAGCGCGGCUUAGUCACCGGGAAAUAUCCUGUUUUCUUAACUAGAUACUUUCUAAGUGGCAAGAAAUAGUCUGUCGGGGUGCGACGGGGCGCCGAAUGCUCCAGCAGGGCUUUAGGCAAAAGCUUUUUUUUCCCUUUUUUCCUCAUUAGAGAUAAUUUAUUGCCCACCAAACCUGCUU